ACGUGUAGCCUGGCCCCGCCCCCAGGGCCCCGUUGCUCCCAGCGGGGCAGCCCCGGGCGGGGAACCCGGGCCCUGAUAAAGCGGCGGCACCGAGCUCGCUCUCGCUUCUUCCCUUCCUGGUCCUCCUCCUGCCGCCCGCGGCGAUGCUGCGGCUCCUCCUGCUCCUGCCGCUCCUCGGCGCGGCCGGCGCCCUGCCUGCCCCGCUGCUCCGCCGCCGCCGGAGCGCCUCGCUGCCCUCCGGGCCCUACCAGACGCGCUACCUGAGGCAGCAGAUUGAUCACUUUGGAUUUGAUGAAAAUGGUACAUUCCAGCAGAGGUACCUGGUAGCAGAUCAGCACUGGAAGAAGGACAAUGGACCAAUUCUGUUUUAUACAGGCAAUGAAGGAGACAUUGAGUGGUUCUGCAACAACACGGGUUUUAUGUGGGAUGUGGCUGAAGAACUUAAUGCCAUGUUGGUAUUUGCUGAACAUAGAUAUUAUGGAGAAUCUUUGCCCUUUGGGAAUGAAUCUUUCAGUGAUUCCAAGCAUCUCAAUUACCUGACAUCAGAACAAGCUCUGGCAGACUUUGCAGUACUUGUUGAGUACUUAAAGACAACCAUUGCAGGAGCCAAGCACAGUCCAGUCAUAGCUAUUGGAGGGUCUUAUGGAGGAAUGCUUGCAGCCUGGUUUAGGAUGAAGUAUCCCCAUGUGGUGGUUGGAGCUCUGGCAGCCUCUGCCCCCAUAUGGCAGUUUGGUGAUCUGGUUCCAUGUGGCACAUUUUUCAGCAUAGUGACCAAUGAUUUCAAAAAGAGUGGCAAGGGCUGCUCAGAGAGCAUCCGGAACUCCUGGAAUGCUAUAAACCACCUUUCCUCAACAGAUGCAGGUUUGCAGUGGCUUUCCAACGCAUUUCAUUUGUGCAGCCCCUUAAAAACUCCUCAGGAUGCUGCUGUAUUGAAAAAUUGGCUGAGUGAGACAUGGGUAAACUUGGCUAUGGUGGAUUAUCCCUAUAAAGCUGACUUCUUGCAGCCUCUGCCAGCUUGGCCUAUACAGGAAGUCUGCAAGUUCUUGAAGGAUCCCAGUCUCUCUGACAAAUUGUUGCUGCAGAAUGUUUUCCAGGCAGUAAAUUUAUAUUACAAUUAUACAGGAGAGACCUCAUGCUUAGAUGUGUCACAGACUGCAACGAAGAGUCUGGGUGAAAUGGGUUGGUACUACCAGACUUGCACUGAGAUGGUGAUGCCCUUGUGCACAGAUGGUGUCCAUGACAUGUUUGAGCCUCAGAAGUGGGACUUUGAUGCACUUUCAGAAGAGUGUUACAGGAUGUGGGGAGUGAUGCCUCGCCUCUCUUGGAUUCUUUCUAUGUAUGGAGGAAAAAACAUCAGUUCACACAGCAACAUCAUCUUCAGCAAUGGUGGCCUGGAUCCAUGGUCUGCAGGUGGGGUGACCCAGAACAUCACCGAUUCCCUCGUGGCAGUUGUGAUCCCGGAUGGAGCCCAUCACCUGGACCUGCGCAGCCGCCACCCUUUGGACCCCAAGUCUGUGCAGCAAGCUCGAGCCAUGGAGAUCUGCCUCAUGAAGGAGUGGAUUGAAAAGGCCAGGCACAGCCUCUGAAGUGCUACUGCAACAUCUGUGGCCAUUGCCCCUCUCUUGGCUUUGCUGGGAGUAGGGCCAGGCCUUGUGAUACGGUCAUUGGAGCAUUUCCCUCCUCGCCUGCAGCACAGUGGCCACCAUGGCUCAUGUCCAUGGGAGAGGCAGGCAGCAGAUGGAUGGAGAGCAUGCUCAGAUGAUAAACUCCAGUCAAAGUGCAUGGAUUGAGCUGCCUGCUCUGGUUUGCUUUCCUCUUCUGCUCUUCUCAAAUGCUGUGCUUUACUGCACAGUAGUGGGUUCCUGUUCUAGGCUUGUUGCUCUUCUCCUCGCUGCACUUGAGUGAUUGUUCCAACUGCUGGUGUAUCCAGCAGUGGAUUACAUGGGAGUGCUGUUGGUGUUGAAACUCUUGCUGCCUCCAGUGUGAUUGAAUUUCAGACAUCCUCUGCUGGUGGAGAUAAUGAGGGAACAGAAAUCACAUCUGACUGUGAUGUUUGGUGGAGAUGUAGGGAAGGCCUGGGGAAAGUGGCUGUGCUGUUUGUAAGGAAACUAAACCCUUACUCAGCCCUUACCCUUUGGAAUCAGUGUUGGAAAAGAAAUAAAUAUACAACUUUUUUUCCUACCUAGUUUUCCAGCAGCUUAUUAACCAGUGGAUUUUUGUAUUCUGUGCUGUACUGAAUGGUCAGGGCUGGGCCCAGACUCACUCUGCUAACUGGCUGAGCAUGCAGAAUCUGCAUCAAGAUUUUACUACUUCUUUUGCUAUGAGUCCUAAUUCUGAGAUAUGUCACUGUCUGUGCUGGUGGUUACCAAAGAAAAAUGAGUAUGUAUGUGUGUGUAUCCCUCACAAAUACUUUGCUUUUUAAAAUCAGGAAGCUUUUGAAGCUAUUCUCUUGAAGAGCAAAUGGGACACUUGUGCUGGCUACAUCUUAUGAAGUGACAAAUAAUUGGGGCAGUGCCUUGUGUGGGUUCUUCCCUCCCCUCCAUUCUGUGUAUUGUUCAAAUUCUGCAUGAUCUGUUUGCUGAUGGCUCUUCAAUAAAAGCCUUUUAAA